CAGUUGUCUUAGCAGGAAGAGAAGGCUGCAAUGGACCCAGCUGUGGCCUUGGUGCUCUGUCUCUCCUGUUUGCUUCUCCUUUCCCUCUGGAGACAGAGCUCUGGGAGAGGGAAGCUCCCGCCCGGCCCGACUCCUCUCCCUAUUAUUGGAAAUAUCCUGCAGUUAGAUAUUAAGGACAUCAGCGAAUGUUUGAGCAAUUUGUCAAAAGCCUAUGGCCCUGUGUUCACUGUGUAUUUGGGCAUGGAGCGUGCUGUGGUGUUGCAUGGAUAUGAAGCAGUGAAGGAAGCCCUGAUUGAUCAUGGAGAGGAGUUUUCUGGAAGAGGCAGUUUCCCAGUGUUUGAAAGAGUUACUAGAGGACAUGGUAUCAUUUUCAGCAAUGGAAAUAGGUGGAAGGAGAUACGGCGCUUCUCCCUUAUGACCCUGCGGAAUUUUGGGAUGGGGAAGAGGAGCAUUGAGGAAUGUGUCCAAGAGGAGGCCCGCUGCCUUGUGGAGGAGUUGAGAAAAACCAAAGGCUCACCUUGUGAUCCUACAUUUAUCUUGAGCUGUGCCCCCUGCAAUGUGAUCUGCUCCAUUGUUUUCCGGGAUCAUUUUGAUUAUACAGAUCAAGAUUUUAUUAACUUGAUGAAAAAAUUCGAUGAAAACCACAGGAUUAUGAGUUCCCCAUGGAUCCAGGUUUACAAUAAUAUGCCUACUCUCAUUGAUUAUCUCCCAGGAAGUCAUAACAAAUUAUUUAAAAAUUUUGCUUAUAUUGAAAAUUAUGUUUUGGAGAAAGUAAAAGAACAUCAAGAAUCCCUGGACAUUAACAAUCCUCAAGACUUCAUUGAUUGUUUCUUGGUCAAAAUGGAACAGGAAAAACAAAAUCCACAGUCUGAAUUUACUACUGAAAACUUGCUGGCCACCAUAAUUGACGUGUUUGGAGCCGGAACGGAAACAACGAGCACCACGCUGAGAUAUGGUCUGUUGCUCCUGCUGAAGCACCCAGAGGUCACAGCUAAAGUCCGGGAAGAGAUUGACCGUGUGGUUGGAAGACACCGGAGUCCCUGCAUGCAGGACAAGAGUCGCAUGCCCUACACAGAUGCUGUGGUGCACGAGAUCCAGAGAUACAUUGACCUUGUUCCCACCAACCUACCCCAUGCAGUAACCUGUGACACCAAAUUCAGAAACUACCUGAUCCCCAAGGGCACAACUAUAAUAACUUUACUGACUUCUGCACUGCACGACGACAAGGAAUUCCCCAACCCAGAGAUGUUUGACCCAGGCCACUUUCUGGAUGAGUGUGGCAACUUUAGGAAAAGUGAUUACUUCAUGCCUUUCUCAGCAGGAAAACGAAUAUGUGUGGGAGAGGGCCUGGCCCGAAUGGAGCUGUUUUUAUUUCUUACCACCAUUUUACAGAACUUUACCCUGAAAUCUCUGGUUGACCCAGAGGACAUUGACACCAUCCCAAUUGUCAGUGGACUUGCCCGUGUGCCACCCUCAUACAAGCUCUGCUUCAUUCCUGUCUGAAAAAGGGUAGACCAUCUGCAAGAUGCUGUGUUGUCCACAGUUUCCCUCUGGAGCAUGGAUCUCCUCCUUCCCACUUUGGAGAUGCCUUCUCUGAUCUCUCACAUCUCCCCAUUCUUUUAAGAUCCAGUGAACAUCUGUCCUCCUCCAACCCAAUGAGAGCUUUUUGAGUCAUUGCACCAAUAUACCUGCUAUUCCCUACACUCUGUACCUUAUGGCCACAACAUAUGCUAAUAUUUACCUCGUACUGAAUUUGUAAUAUGAUAUCACUAUAAAACAGAGAAACAUGAUUAGUGUAUGACAUUC